AUGGUGAUUGCCGGAGCACCUAAGCCAUCGCCAGGGCUUGCUGCCGCCUGGUCGGGUGUGGUCGCCAGGCCUCCGGCGGGGCUCGAAAGGGCGACCAUGGCGACGGAGCCCCCUCUACCGCCGGCUCCGAAUCAGGUGACAGCAGUCUCUGAAAAGACUCCUCCCCACGCACCCGCGGCUCCCCUUGCCGGGGCAGAGGCUGGCCCGACCGCUCCCGCUGCUGUUCCGUCUGCUCCGCCUGCGUCACCAGGCUCCCUGGCUCCCCUUGUCGAGCCGUCGGCGUCUGCCCCUGCUGGGGGUGUUGCUGAACCACCUGCACCUGUCCCUGGCGCCCGUGUUGCGCCGAACGCUUCUGCCCCCUGCCUGCCUGCGCAGGCCUCUGCUUCAUCACCAAAGGUGGCGUCCGCCACCACUGGCGAACCGGCUCCGUCGGUUGUGCCUGCGGCGGUGGGUCUGUCCACUCCCGCUAUGACGGCGGUGGUUCCUGCAGCUCCUUCUCCCGCUGUAUCGGCGCCUGCUCCCGGCUCUCGUCUCCAUCUGCCGCCGGUUCCGCCUGUUGUGGGAGUGGAAUUUGUGGCCGCAGGUGGCGGCUCGUUGGCGGCUCCGUUCGCUCUCCCUACUGAUGCUGAUGAGCCGCUCCAGUUCCUGGCGGAGGCACUCCAGCCUCCACAGACCCGUGUUCCCGAGGCGACUCUCGGACAGCUACACCGCCUCGCUGACAGUCUCCACGCUCUGCUGCUGAUUCAGGUGCUGGCCCACUUGUCUCUCCCUGUGAUCCCUCCUGAGACCUCUUGUGGCCGCCAGCGUGACUCGUGCCUGGACGCGGCGGACCAGCUCGCGGUGCUGCUGGCGCCCGUGCUGGCUGCGCCCGUGGAGGGUGGCGCUGCUGCUGCGGGACAGCUUGACGAAGCCGUCCGGGGCUUGAGGCGGCACUUGCGCGCAGGACCUGGAGCCGCGGCGAUCGGCGCAAGCACGCUUGUGGUCCGGGAGCUGUGGCGCUCCCUGACGGGCGUUCUUCACGCCCUUGGAGCACACGGCAUGUAG